AUGGAAUAUCAUUACCAAGGUCAAGUAGUUGUGCGCGUGGAGGUCAUCCCAAACGACGGGCCGCGGAAGAACGCCGUGGCGAGGUUGAAGGCGCUGUUCGAGAUUUUGGAGAGGGGAUGGGAUGGGGGUGGGGGACGGGUGCUGGCGCCGCCGCCCGAAGACAUUGGGACGGGCAUGCAGGCCCUCUAUGCGUUGAUUGAUAAUCCCCCAGAACCGAGCUUCGGCGCGCCGCAGUUCAUACGUGAUGAAGAAGUUUUCGAGGGGUUGCGGAACUACAGUAAUCCUUAUGGGGUGGAGACAACGUUGUAUGCGUACCAGAUUCGCUCCGUCGCCCGCAUGCUCCAGAUGGAGACGAACCCCGGCACCAUGUUUGACCCCUCGUAUUCGCGCUUCACCUCGGCCACAGGCGAGCAGUACUACGUCAACCUUAGCAACAUGGACAUCAAGCGCAAGCCGGCCGAGUUCUCACUCAACCGCGGCGGCAUUCUCUGCGAGCAGAUGGGAGUCGGCAAGACCCUCAUGUGUCUUACGCUCAUCCUGGUCUCGCUCAACCAGCACACAUCCAUCCCUGAGGGCAUGGACGUGACCGAACUCAUGAACGACGACGAGCUUCGUACUUACUCGACCGAAACCAUGGCCACGUACAGAACUGCCAUCGGGAUCGGCGAAGACGAGGCACUUGAAGAUCCAGAAUGGUCCGAGGCGGAGCUCAAGGGCACCCCGUCUCUACAGUCCAUGUGUGCUGAUAUUGUGUCGAAACUGUAUCCGGGCGCAUCACGGCUGGACGGUCUUUCUCCGAACGGCAAGCGUCUCCUCGAGCGGCCGCUCUUCUUCUAUCGCUUUCCCCCGCCUGUUCGCCUUCCUCGUGGCGCCAAACUCGUGCGUCACAUCCCUCCACAGAGGACGUACGUCGCCACCUCGACGCUUGUGAUAGUGCCACCCAUCCUGGUCAAGCAGUGGCUUGCUGAGGCUGAGAAGCACUUGUCCCCUGGCGCUCUACUCAUCAAGGUCAUUGAAGACGACAAAGAGGAUCUGCCACCUGUCAAGGAACUGAUGAAGUAUGACAUCGUCCUGAUGAGUGUCGACCGAUUCCGGCGCGAGGGGCGUCACGAGGACGGCGAGCCGCCAACGACCCCUCUUAUAUCUGCCCGCUGGAAGCGCAUCAUCCUCGACGAGGGUAAUAACGCGGCCAAUGCCAAGAGCGACGCUGUACUCCUCGCCACGCAACUAUCUAUAGAGCGACGGUGGAUCGUCAGUGGCACGCCUACUCAGUAUCUUAAGCAGGGCACGGAAUCGGCGGCUGAGGCAUUCCUUCAGUCUGAAGGCAUGUUGCGUGUCGAUUCUGCAGCCGAGUCACGCUCAUCCACCCCACUUGAACCGAACCAUGUCACCACCAAGAAGGGUGGACUCAAGGGUACAAAGGGGUCCAAGUUCCGCCCUCCUUCCCCUGGCCACUGGACCAAGGCUGACGAGAGCGACCUUAACCGUUUAGGACACAUGCUUAGCGGCUUCCUUGCAUCAGAAAUCUUCAACAUUACCGACUUCAGGAAGUGGGUCAAGAAACCCCUCCGUGCCAAGGACGGACCAGGUUACGGCGCUGUUGAGCGUGUUCGCCAGCUCAUGUCAGCAGUCAUGGUCAAGCAUCGUCCAGGUGUCAUCGAUGCAGAGGUCCCGCUUCCCGCAAGCGCAAUGGCCGUGGAGCCGCUCCGGCUCUCUCACUGGCAGCGCCUCACGUACAAUGCCCUCAUGGGGCUGGUUUCCGCCAACGUUUACACCUCUGAAGGACAAGAUCCCGACUACCUCCUGCACUCGAAGAACCUUGAAUCGCUGAACCAGGUGGUCAUCAACUUUCAUCUUGCCCUGACCUGGUUUACGUCCACGGAUAUGGACCUCGAGGGCUCUAUAAGACGUACUUCGGAGCACCUGGUGAAGAAGCGCGACAAGAUGUCUUUAGAGCGCAUUGCUGCCAUCGAGAAGGCGAUUGAGCACAUUCGCGAAGCGGCGGAAACUCCGGGUUGGCGCGAGUGGAUGGACAACGGUGCCGCGUCGCUUCCGUUCUCCGUGCCAACGCUGCCAUUAGCUGUGGCCGAAUCUUGGUCCGAGGCCCCCGACAACGAGCCACUCCUGGUGGACGCACACAGCCUUAUCCAGAUGCGUAAGCUCAACACACGCGGCACCAUGCCGAACAAGUUGGCAUUGAGCGGCUGGGAUGAACGCGCGAAGAAGCCUCGCGCUCAGGCGUUCAUGGAGGUGAUGCAAAAGGCGGAGAAGCUGUGGCGCGAUGGUGAGAGAGUGAAGGAACCUGACCUCUCGCAUCACCGUGAUGACAAGAAGGCGGCCGCCGACAAGCCAAAUGCCCCGAAGGUGGCGCGGAACAGACAUUACAAGGAUCCAAUCGACGCGCGCCUCGAGGCGGCGGAACGGAAUGCAGCUCGUGUCACCAACGACCGCCUUCCUCGUCCGCUUCCGGCCACCAUCACAGCCGUGUCCGUCUCGAACAAGAUCAACUGGGUCGUGCGCGCCGUCCUCUCCGCACCUGCAGACGACAAGUUCCUGAUUUUUGCGACAUGGGAGGAGUCUGCGCAUCUCAGCGAGGCGUUCAGCUUGACUGGCAUUAAGAGCGUGUAUGCUGGUGUCAAGGUCGACCGGAGCGCGCGCAACCGUGCCAUUGUUGAGUUCAAACAGGGCGUGCCUGUGUGCAUCCUGGACCUGAAGCUCGGAAGUCGAGGCCUCGAUCUUACCGUCGCGAACCGCAUGAUUUUCCUGGGACCGGUGUGGAACCCGGACGUUCAGGCGCAGGCUGUGAAGCGUAUCCACCGUAUAGGCCAGACGCGGCCGACGCGUAUCGACAUUCUCGUCACGGAGGGUACGUUCGAGGAGGGUAUUGUGAGACGCGAGUCGUCACUCCGCUCCAACGAGGAGGAGAAGCGGUACUCGCGCAUGUUGGUGGAGCACCCGCGCUUCGUGCACCCCGAGAGCGCGGACGAAUGCGGCUUCCCGAUCUCGCUCGUGCCACCUGGCACGGCGAGUGCCAUAGAAGAGGAGAAGUAUGCCUCCAUGCUGGCCGAGUUUGCUGGCAGAGCCAAUGCAGCGAGGGAAAAGCCUAUGGACGUGGAUGGAGACGCAGGUCCGUCGACCCCAAUGAUGGAGCCCGACAAUGACCCGAGCUCCGUCUCUACGGCGAUCGUUACGCCAUCGACCGCAGACAUCGAGAUGACGUACGGGAGCAAUGUGAAGAAGCGCUCGGCAGACGGCUCACCGAAACCGAAGCCGCGCAAGCGCAUUCGCUUCGCUGACGAGUAA